CGCAGAGCCGCGCGCUGGGCGUCCUGCCCCGGUGAGGGGCGUGGUGGGCCCGCGGCGAGCGGAUGGAGCGGCCGAGCGACCCGGAGGGCGAGCCCGAGGUGAAGAGGCGGCGGCUUCUGUGUGUGGAGUUUACCUCGGUGGCGCGGUGCGACGCCGCCGAGGCUCAGUGCUACCUGUCCGAGAACGACUGGGAGAUGGAAAGGGCGCUGAACUCCUACUUCGAGCCUCCGGUGCCGGAGAGCGCCGCGGAGAGCCGCCCGCAGAGCCGCCCGCAGAGCCGCCCGCAGAGCCGCCCGCAGAGCGCGGCGGGGCCGCAGCCCUGUGUUGACUUAACGAAUGAAGAGACAACUGAUUCCGUUAGUUCUAAAACCAGUAUGUCUGAAGGGAUUCAGCAAGAAGAUGGCAGCAUGUUCUCUUUCAUUACCUGGAAUGUUGAUGGAUUGGAUCUAAACAAUCUGCAAGAGAGGGCUCGAGGAGUGUGUUCCUACUUAACUUUGUACAGUCCAGAUGUGGUAUUUCUACAGGAAGUCAUUCCCCCAUAUUGUAGCUACCUAAAGAAGAGAGCAUGUAGUUACGAGAUUAUUACAGGUCAUGAAGAGGGAUAUUUCACAGCUAUAAUGUUGAAGAAAUCGAGAGUGAAAUUUAAAAGCCAAGAGAUUAUCCCUUUUCCAAAUACAAAAAUGAUGAGAAACCUUUUGUGUGUGUAUGCAAGUAUAUCAGGAAAUGAACUUUGCCUUAUGACUUCUCAUUUGGAGAGCACCAGAGGGCAUGCCAAGGAACGAAUGAAUCAGUUAAAAGUGGUUCUAAAGAAAAUGCAAGAGGCUCCAGAGUCAGCUACAGUUAUAUUUGCAGGAGAUACAAAUUUAAGGGAUCACGAAGUCACCAAAUGUGGUGGUUUACCCAGCAACAUUUUGGAUGUCUGGGAGUUCUUAGGCAAACCUGAGCAUUGCCAGUAUACAUGGGAUACACAAAUGAACUCUAAUCUUGGAAUAUCUGCUACUUGUAAACUUCGUUUUGAUCGAAUAUUUUUCAGGACAGCAGCAGAAAGUGGCCAUAUUGUUCCCCAAAGUUUGGACCUCCUUGGGUUGGAAAAACUGGACUGCGGUAGAUUUCCUAGUGAUCACUGGGGGCUUCUGUGCAACUUAGAUGUAAUCUUGUGAAAUGCUUUUCAGAUAAGAGUUGUAUGUCUUCCGAGUAAAUUUUAUUCUGGAUUUUUGCAAAUAUAAUUUCUACCUGUCUGGAAAGGUAGGUUUAUUAUGGAGGAAUGAAUAUACUACAUCAUUGUAAAAAAAAAGAAAACAGUACUGUGAUUUUAUUUUGUGGAUUGUGACCUCAAAUUUCAGAACUAAAUAUUGAUGUUCAUUGAAACGAAAGGAUAAUUGCUGUUCAGAAUAUGAGACUUCUUCAUAAAAGGCCACCAAGAUCAUCAGAACCACCAGCUGGUUCUCGAGCAGGGCCACAGAAAUGCUAGCCUUUAUGUUUUAUUUUUAAAAUCAGGUACCAAAUAGUUUCUAUUUUAAGUAAAUCUUUAAAAAUAAAAAUAAGAGGGGAUCCCUGGGUGGCGCAGCGGUUUGGCGCCUGCCUUUGGCCCGGGGCGCGAUCCUGGAGACCCGGGAUCGAAUCCCACGUCGGGCUCCCGGUGCAUGGAGCCUGCUUCUCCCUCUGCCUGUGUCUCUGCCUCUCUCUCUCUGUGUGACUAUCCUAAGUAAAUAAAAAUGAAAAAGAAUAAUAAAAUAAAAUAAAAAUAAGAGGUUAUUGUUUGUGGGGGAUUAGAUCUUCUAGUUAUAUUUUACAAAUAUGGAUAAUCUUAAAUGAAAAAGCCAUGAUUAUAUGCAUUUAAGUAGAUGACAACUGUCCUAUUCAGACUUUAUUUUUGUCAGCUAACGGUGCAUAAUUGGUAAGCUAUAAAUGAAAUCUUAUGAUUUGAAAUUCCUUAUUUUUUUAAAAUUCAUGUUUGUCAACAUGUCACUGUUCAUGUUGCCAACAGAGGCAAAUUGGGCUUGAUAUAAAGUUGGUGAUACAGCUGCAUUGGGCUUCUUUCCUAAGGGAGAAAUAAAUGUUUAGAGAGGAAUAGCUUUUUAAUUUUACUUCUUAUAAAAUUGAAUUAUUUUCACAGGAGAGGGAUAAGGAGCACUUUUAAAUGUGCUUUAAAGAAACUUUUUCCCCCUUAAAAGAAAUGUACUUUAAAUAAAUAAUUUUACUUGUUUA